AUGUAUACUGAUGAAGGAGAAGGAGAGUCAAAUGAUGGAAAAAAACGAUCAACAGGUGAGUGCCAACAACCACCUGGUGGAUCGCAACAACCAGUUGUUAAAAGAGUUGCCGUCAAAAAACAGUUGCUUGAGGCGAGAAAACAAUCAGGCUGUGCAAAAUUACAAAUAAAAACAAAUUCAUCCUAUACCUCAAAGACACCCGAUCCAGAACAAGGAUUAAUUGAGCGAGAAACAAGCAGCGCGAGUCGAACAUCUAUCAAAAAUUUAACGAACCCACAAAUCCGACGCCUUUUGUAUCAAAAACUUAUGUCCAUUAAAAGAUUAACAGUGUUUAGUAAGCAGCACAGUGGAUAUUAUAAAGGUUUUGAUAGCGAUAAAUUACGCGUAGAAAAAAUGGGUAAUGUGAUACGCCAGUUUCGAUUGAGUACGACAAGUUGUUUUCUUAAUGCGAACAAAGCUGUUAACUGUUAG